GUCUUCUACAUUUCUCUGCCUUUUCCAGCGUUUUUAAAAGAAAACCCUCAAAUUUGUACAAUAUUAUUAUUUCCUGCCCUCGUCGUCGUCGUCGUCGUCCGGCUCCUCCGCACUCUCCUCCUUCCAUGUGAAGAUUAGGGCUAGGGCCGUGAGAGACCCCGAUCUCUCUCUCUCUCUCUCUAAGGUCACAGAGGGCAAAACCGAUGAGACGCCGGAGAUCCCACGCUGCAAUACUUGUAUCCUCGCUCCUAUUCCUCCUCUUGGUAGCGAUCUCCUCUUCCGCGGAGCGAAGCGGUACGGAGGCGGGUCCUCGCGGGGUGGAGAGGUCCGCCUUGCUGCAGUUCAAGAGCUUCGUUACUUCCGACCCCGCUAGGUUGCUCGGGGCAUGGGGCUCCGAGGCCAACCACUGCUCUUGGCCUGGCGUCGCGUGCGAUGGACGGUCACGGGUCGUCUCCCUUAAUAUAUCUGCGAAAGGCAGCUCCUCUAAGCUCCCCUGCUCCCGGUCCGGCCUCUACCGUCGCAGCUGCGGCGAUCUCGGCCGUAGGAUGGUUGGGACACUUAGCUUGGUCCUGCGGAAUCUGUCAGAGCUCAGGGUGCUGUCGUUUCCGUUUCAUGACUUUCAUGGCGAGAUUCCGGGUGUUCUCUGGGAAUUGAAGAGGCUGGAAGUGCUUGAUCUUGAGGGUAACUCGCUUUCCGGUGGUUUACCCUCACGGUUCCCCCGCCAGUUGCGCGUGCUAAAUUUGGCUUCCAAUUUGGUCAAAGGUCAGAUCCCUUCUUCCCUCUCGAGAUGCGCGGAUUUAGAAGUCCUAGACCUAUCCGGCAACCAAGUCAACGGAACAAUCCCGAAAUUUCUUGGUGAUUUCUCCAAGCUUAGAGAGCUCUAUCUUUCUUUUAAUCGGCUUAGUGGUCCGAUUCCUGUUGAGCUAGGAUAUGGGUGCCGGAGUCUGCAAAUUCUGGACUUGUCCGGAAACUUGUUUACGGAAGGCAUUCCCUCCAAUUUAGGAAAUUGUUCUGAGCUGCUAGUUCUAAUGCUGUUUUCCAACCUUCUUGAGGGUUUUAUACCUCCUGAUCUUGGGCGACUGAAAAAGCUUCAGGUUUUGGACGUCUCAAGGAACAGUCUGAGUGGAAAUGUACCUGCUGAGUUAGGAAACUGCUUAGAAUUGUCUGUCAUUAUUCUUCUGAAUCAAUAUGAUCUGAUGCCAGAUGAGGAAGCCACGGGCUCUGUUGAUAUUGAUGAAUUCAAUUGUUUUCAAGGAAGACUGGCUGAAAAUAUCACAGCUCUACCAAAGCUUAGGGUGCUUUGGGCUCCAAGAGCAACAUUUGAAGGGACAAUUCCUAAGAAUUGGGGACUCUGUGAGAAUCUUGAGAUGGUUAAUUUAUGCCAGAAUCAAUUUCAAGGACAUAUACCACAGGCAUUUGCCCAAUGCAAAAGGCUUAGAUUUCUAAAUUUGAGUUCAAACAGUUUGACUGGUUGGCUUGAUGAUGAACUUCCCGUGCCAUGCAUGGAUGUCUUUGAUGUCAGUGUGAAUCAGUUGUCUUCCUCCAUCCCUAGGUUUACCAACACAGAAUGCCCUUCAUCUAAGGUCACACCAGAUGAAUUGUCCUCUUUUUAUAUUUCAUUAUUUGCUUACAACUGUCUUAAAGGUCUGAAAUGGCCUCUUGCUGAACCUGGUGGCGAAUUGAUUAUAUAUCACAAUUUUGCAAAGAAUAAUUUUACAGGCACUUUGUCUUCUUUACCAUUGGCCACCGGUAGGUUCCAGAACAAUACUGUCUAUGUAUUUCUUGCUAAUGGGAAUCAUCUUUUUGGAUCACUGAAUGCUAUUAUAUUGGAGAAGUGCAGCAGGGUGAGUCAUUUGGUGAUUGACUUGAGCAAUAAUAUGAUAUCUGGAAGAUUUACGUCAGAAGCAGGCAUGACAUGCCGGUCUCUUGUGGUGUUGGAUGUUGCUAGUAAUCAGAUAUCGGGAACCAUUCCUGCAAAUUUUGGGUUGUUAAGUAAUCUUGUUUGUCUGAAUUUGAGUUGGAAUCAACUACAGGGUGAGAUACCUGCAGGAAUCACACAGUUAAAAAGGUUAAAGUAUCUCUCGUUGGCCGGUAACAAUUUCAGUGGUCACAUUCCUCCUGACAUAAUUAAAUUGCAAGAUCUUCAGGUUUUGGAUCUGUCUUCAAAUUCCCUUGCUGGUUAUAUUCCUACUGUUUUUGUGAAGUUGAGAAAUCUCACUGCCCUGUUACUUAAUAACAACAAGCUUUCUGGGGCAAUUCCUUCAGCUUUUGCCAACUUUGCGUCACUUUCGAAAUUCAAUGUUUCUUUCAAUAAUUUGUCUGCAUCAUGGCCUCUUAAUGCCAGUACACUGAAAUGUGAUAGUGUCUUUGGAAACCCUUUGCUGCAAUCUUGUCCUGCAUAUUCUCUCUCUGCUCCUUCAUCUGAUAUGCAAAGAAGUAGCCAGAGUCCACAGUCAUAUAUGGACUCAGUGUCAGCAAGCUCAUCCAAUGAUACCAGAGGCAACAAUGGCUUUAGUUCUAUUGAAAUUGCCUCAAUUGCAUCAGCAGCAGCCAUAGUUUCAGUCCUCUUAGCUCUGAUUGUCCUGUAUAUUUACACAAGAAAGUGCGCUCCAAGGGCUAGGUCCUCUGUUAGGUCUUCUGGGAGAAAGGAAGUGACUGUCUUUGUUGAGAUUGGGGUUCCAUUGACUUACGAGAGUGUUGCACGAGCAACUGGUGGUUUUAAUGCAAGUAACUGCAUUGGAAGUGGAGGUUUUGGGGCCACAUACAAGGCUGAGAUUUCACCAGGGGUUCUAGUGGCUAUCAAGAGACUCGCAGUAGGAAGAUUUCAAGGUGUUCAACAAUUCCACGCAGAGAUAAAGACUCUUGGAAGAUUGCGACAUUCUAAUCUUGUGACGCUAAUAGGUUACCAUCUUAGUGACUCUGAGAUGUUUCUGAUUUACAAUUACCUUCCAGGUGGUAAUUUGGAGAGAUUUAUACAAGAAAGGUCGAGCAGACCUGUAAAUUGGAGAAUGCUUCACAAGAUUGCUUUAGACAUUGCCAAUGCUCUUAAUUAUUUACAUGACCAAUGCGUGCCCCGUAUCCUUCAUCGGGAUGUUAAACCAAGCAAUAUAUUGUUGGACAAUGAAUUUAAUGCUUAUCUUUCAGAUUUUGGAUUGGCAAGGCUUCUAGGAAAUUCUGAGACCCAUGCAACUACUGGUGUGGCUGGAACUUUUGGGUAUGUUGCUCCUGAAUAUGCCAUGACAUGUCGUGUUUCUGAUAAAGCAGACGUAUAUAGCUACGGUGUGGUGCUCUUGGAGCUAAUUUCAGAUAAGAAAGCACUGGAUCCUUCCUUCUCUCCAUAUGGGAAUGGUUUCAAUAUUGUAACUUGGGCAUCCAUGUUAUUGCAAAAAGGCCGGGCCCGUGAGUUCUUCACCGAUGGGCUCUGGGAUGUGGCUCCCCAUGAUGAUUUGGUGGAAACCUUGCACUUGGGUAUCAAGUGUACUGUCGAUUCACUUUCUAUUAGGCCCUCAAUGAAGCAAGUUGUUCAACGAUUAAGGGAACUCCAACCUUCACAUUUUGGGCGUGGUUAAUUUAUUCAUCUUGAGUGGUAAAGUGAUACUUAUUUGUCUGCCAUUCCAAUGAACUGAGCUGUCCCAAGGAUGGAAUACCUGAGAGUUUUCGCCACCUGAGCUUCAUGAUAAGCUGACUGGUAUAAGCAGUAUCCUUUGGAAUUCUUACCGAGAAAGAUCCAUCUGAGAGCAUAAUUGAAGUGUUGGAGAGCCCCUGGAUUUUUGAUGUGUGAAUAAGAAAUACCUACCUCAGUGAGUGAAAGGCAAUGCUAUUGCUGAUUAUCAGUUCAUAUGGAGAGACCCAUGGUUGCUCCAAUACACUCAUGAGAACCUGUGCUCUUAUCUGUGACAGGUAUCAGUCUCACGCUCCAUUAGCUGGAGCAAAUCUUCACUUGACAUCAAGUUGUCAUCACCUUCAUUGAGGCUCUCAGCUUUGAGAUGAUCAAUGUCAGAGCACAAAACUUUUAGCAAUUGACGUCUGCUGGGGAACGUCCCUUUCAUCCAUUGAACCAAUACCUUGGGGCAAACAUGUAACGACGAUGCAUCUAACUCCAACUUACGUAGUAGAAGCUCAUUCACUACAUCAAACACCAGCUUGCGGUUGAGUUUCUCGGUAUCUGACUUGAACUGGUUGCUACUUUUAUUAACGGCCUCUGGUUCGACAAGGUAGCCAAUCAGGAUUUAUCAGAUGCCUGAAGGAUGAAGCUGGUUGGCCAUUGUGUUAAUUUGUCUCAAUGUUAGAUCUCUCAUCAGAAGACCUGAUGCCUGGAGUAUUUCAGCCACAUACUGGUGAUCCAUAGCCACUUGAUCACUUGCUGGAGGUUUAGCAACACCAGAGCUUAGAUUGCUCAGCUUCUGGAUUUGGUGUUUGAUGUUAGUGAGCUUCUUGGGAUGGUGGAACAAAGAGCUCGAUUUAAGCAAUGGGUCACAACGAGUGGUGACACUAAGUGAGGCUUCAAUUUUAUCAUCUGGAAAUUUAAUAGAAAAUACUAUCAUUAUUUGCUUCAUGCUGGUGCCUAAUCUGAUAAAUAAUAAUUGUAUUGAGAUUCAGACUACCAUUUUCUCGUCAUGUUUUGCUGAGUAUAGUGCACAAAAGUAUGCAUUUAGUAAUGCAAGAAAAAAAUGUCCAUGCAUGGGGGAAUGUUUGAGAAACACCAGGUAAAAGAAAUCCGGAAGAAAAGGAUAGAUUCCCUCACUUCAUUGGCUGAUACAUUGAAUUAACUUACCAUUUCUAAUAUGGACGAGUAAUGUAUAUAAGCAAAGAUGCCCAUGUAACCCUGACCUUCAAGUGAAUCUGAAGAUAUUCUCACAGAAGGAAGAUCGUCCCCAUAAUGUGAAUCAUCUAGAAUAGAUGUUGGCCUUGGUUGCUUGGAAAUAGCAAUUUUUGGAUCCAUGGCUAACAUGUCUUCUUUUGCAUUAUGUGAUUUUUUUUUCUGGAAAAAUGUAUGCAAUAUGAUCAGUGCUUCAGUGAAUGCAAUUGGCAAGAACAAUAAGUUAAA